CCAAUUGGAGGGGUUAAGAAGCGAUAUGAAGCGGAACAGCCCAAAAGAAGAAGAAGAAGAAGAAGGGAAGGAGACAGGGCUUGUUUGUAAACACAGCGACGGUUCAGCUCAGUUCCAGUAGAAGGAUAAGCCUUGGAAUCAGCUCCCACUAGACUGUUUCUUUAGUUGUGCUGCAGGUCCUGUGUUUUUCCAUGUCUUGUUUUCCAGAUAGUUUUAAUAAAGCGGUAAAGUAAAGGUAAAGCAAUGGUAAAGUUGGCAAAAGUGUUCCUCGCGCAGUGCUGGGAAAAAAGGGCACAUCUCUGAAUAAGUGGAUAUGAGUGACUAUUUCAGGUUAGAAGAUAGCAUAAUACUGAAAAGGAAGGUGUGUGAAUAAGAAGAAGGGAGGAACGAGAGGAGGAGGACCUAAGAAGCGAUACAAAGCGUUACAGGUCAAAAAAAGAAGGCCAGGGGGGCAGAGGGUGUUGGAUCGCUGCUCGGGUCUCUCCGUCUUCUAUUCUUGUAUACACAUCAAGGACAAUGGCACUGAAUCUUCUACCCAACAAUGCCAUGACAUUCACUGAAAAUCAACAUGGCACAGCUGUUUUGGAAAAGCUUAGGAGCCAGCGGGAGUUGAUGAGAUGUUGUGACGUCAUUCUUCAUGUGGCAGGCAACCAGUUCCAGGCCCACCGCUGUGUCUUAGCUGCUUGCUCACCAUAUUUUGAUUCCAUUUUCAAAGCUGGGAAAACUGUGAAGGAACAACUUACCAUCACCUCCCAGGAUCCAGAAGUCUUUCGCUGCCUGUUAGCAUACAUGUACACUGGAACAGUUGUUGUAGAUAAAACCAAUGUGGCUGAACUUCUGAGGCUUGCCAACCGACUUCUCAUAGCCAAGCUAAAAGAACACUGUGCAGAGUAUCUGGAGCGGUACUUGGAUGCAUCAAAUUGUCUCACUGUGAGAGAUAUGGCUACAAAGUAUAAUUUGAAGGCUCUUGAAAAGACAACUGGAAACUUCAUCCAGACCCACCUCUCAGAGAUUGUUGAAGGUGAUGAAGUACUUGAAAUGUCUCUCACAAGAUUGGAAGACUUCCUCAGGUCCCCGAGCUGGCACCUACACGAAGACCAGACCCUACUCUUGGUCACUCGGUGGGUUCAUCACUGUCCAAAAAGUCGGGAACGUAACUUACGAAGUCUUCUGACAUGGGUUCAGUGGUCACACCUCAACCCUGAGACACCUAUUCACUUGAUUCGAACUCACCCACUUUACACCUCCAGUUCACAUCUUGCAUUGUUUUUCCUCUUUGAUGCUUUGAAUGAACAUUCCUUGUUACCUCCUUAUUUUCUCACCACUUUUUCAAAUUUGAAAGCAAAGUUUUCACAGUCCACAGACUCUGCUGUAGACAAUGAAAGUUUCUUCAGUCUUGCAAUAUCAACAGCUAUUGAUGAACUGCAAGAAGAUCAACUUGGUGUUGGCAGAGGGCAGGAAGCAGUGCCAUCUGUAACUGAUUUUUCCAGCCAUGUAGGCCCCUCUCUUCACUCUGCCCAGGGCUUACAUCUAGAUACAGAUGAUCCAACUAUUCCCACUAACUUAACUAUUCUGUCACAACUCCACAAAACAAAUGAUUUUCAUACAUCUUCAAGAAGAGACAAUGAUGACCAAGAUUCUGAACAUUGUAACCAAUAUGAUUUAUGCCGAAUAAUCCAUAGCUCACAAGAUGUACAUGGCAAUCCACCUACUUUAGUGUAUUCCCAGCCAGUUUUGUCAGGAAAAGAUAUUACAUGUGACUCACAUAUUUCAGAAGAUUUAUUGGCAAAUUCUGGGUCUGGUGAAGAAAGCAAGUUUCCUUGCAACAGUCAAGGGCACUUUGGACAACCCUUAGUGAGAAAUAUGACUGUUUGGCACCAAGAGCCUUCAUACAGUGCAGAAGAAUCUCUUUCCUCAGAUUCAAGUCACAUGUAUCAAAGACAAGUGUAUGAUCAAAACUUCAGUAUGAAAACCUCGUGUGCAGAACCUUUUAAUUCAAGAAUGAAUGCAUCAAAUGGUUAUACAGUGAGGGAAACACCCCACAAAAAUAAGCAGGGCUUUGCUAGUGCAGUAUCUUAUUAUGUAAGCACAUAUAAUCCUGAUGAUGACACAACUGUUUCUGAUGACCAAAGCACACAGUCAUUUCCUUAUGAUGAAAAUUUCAACCCUGGCAUAAAUUUUUAUUCAUGUAGGUCAUCAGAUGUUAAAGAAAAUCAACAUUUAAUAAUUGAAUCACACCACAACCAGGAAAAUUAUCCAAAAUCAUAUUAUCAGGAUGAGCUAGCAACAACACAGGAUGUGAGCUGUAGCCAGCCUGAUGUAUAUUAUAAUGAAAAUUCAACAGACACUCAAAUGUCUAACUGCCCACAAGACAUGACAAUACAGCACCAGAUGUCAGAGUCUGCUGAGGUAAAAGAUUUACCACAAAAUCCAGAAACAGAAGUAGUUAGUAAUUCCUCUGACAAUGCUAGAAUUAAUUCUUUUUCAGAAAGACUGAUCACUGAAGACCAACAUUAUGAUCAUUACCCUUUGAAAACUACCUUUAUUGAAAGCAAAUAUCACCGGGAUUCUAAUAGAUCUAUGGAAGAGCAUGUAUUAUCGAUAGGCCCAAGAGACAUGGUAUCUCAAGAAUUUGUAGUAGAGGGAAAGAGACUAGUAUCUGAAUGUGACUUAGAGACAAGAGGUAUCAUCAAUGUUGUUGGAGGAACACUUGAAGGGGACAGAACAUACAAAGGAUGUUCUCUGGAUAGUGAAGGAGAGAGGUCUUAUAAGGAAACACACAGCUUAGAUGGAAAAGAUUUGGCUGAAAAUGAACCUCAAGGGAAUGUAAAGGAUUCUUUGCCUUUGAGUAUUGAAGUUACCCCACCAGAGAGGCAGCAGACACACAUCACUCAAGCAAUAGAAAAUACUCCUCGGCAAGUUAAAUUCAAAAUCAAGCGUAGCUGCAGUCAAGGAAUUUCUGGGUUUCCAUCAAGCACAAGUGAUGUCUUAGCAGUCACUUCUGAAGCUCCACUCCUUAGUAACACUCCAGUUACAGAAAUAGAAGAUGAAAUUAAGAUGAAUACACGUGAGGCAGAUCUUGAUGAUAAUCAUGAUAUGCUUGAUGGCGGUGUAGAAAAUCUGUCUAAAAAGGAGUUGAAGGAAGAGCAAAGUAUUACAGAUAAAAAGUCAGAAGAUACAAUUUCUACUGCAGGAGAGGAACAGGAAAAUCUUGUACCAAGCAUCAAGGAAGGUUUGAAGAGAGUUUGCAGAAAGGAGAAAAUUGCUAUAAAGAAUAAUGCAGGAGGGAGUAAAGGAGCAGCCAGCACAUCAGAAAGAGUGUGUGAGGUGUGCGAAGCAUCCUUCCUUCAAACAAAGUAUUAUACUCACAUGAGAGAACACUUCCCGGGUCCACCUCAUACCUGUGAUACAUGUGAGGCCUCAUUCAAGCGUAUCUACCAUCUCUUGGAGCACAGAAUCACCCAUCAGGACACCAAAGUUCACAAGUGUCCUCAUUGCCCUUUUAGUGCUCAUAAGAAGUUUAAUUUAACAGAGCAUUUAACACAACACUCAAAAACUCGAAAUUAUAAAUGUAAAUUGUGUGGGGAUUCCUUCUUUCGAAUACAGAAUUUACUGUUACACGAAACAAAGCACACAUCAGAACGUCCCUUCUUAUGUGAAUCUUGUGGCUGGUCUGGGAAGACAAAAAAUUCCUUAAUUGUACACACCAAAAAACACACUGGAGAGCUUCUCAGAUGCCAGUACUCACAAUGCACAUAUGCUACGGCCAAAAGAUCUCACCUGAAGGAACACAUGCUACACCACUCCAAUAGCAGACCCUUCAUUUGUGAGGAAUGUGGCCAUAGCUUUGGAACCAAUAGCCACCUAAGAAGACAUGUAAAGCUUCACCUGCCCGAGAAACCAUUCAAGUGUUCUCAGUGUGACUAUAGUUCUCCAAGACAAGACCGUUUGAAGAUUCACAUUCGGAAAAAGCAUACCCCAAAAGAAUCUGCUUCAGUAAAGACCAGGAAAAAAUUGAAUAAGAGAAAACAUCAAGAUCGAAACUCUGACAAGAGCCAAGCAGUUGUUGCAAACACCAUAACAGCUCAUAUUGAAUGCUCACAGGCUGAUAUCUUCUCAGAUUUGGAAAAUACAAAUAUAUCUCUGCAGCCACAAUUAUCUGGCACUCCCCCGCCUACCACACUUUCAGAGUAUCCACCAAGUCCAUCAUACACAUUUCCUUCUCAGUCAGCUCCUGAAGAUUCUCUCAUCAUUGUCUCAGAUAUGGCAACAGUGACAGAGGGAUUCACUCCCCUUAAUCAGGCAUAUGAGGGAAGUUAUCAUAGCCCACAAUAUCAGACUUCUCCUUCCCACUUUGCAGCCCUCUCACCAACACAAACAACACUUUCUUAUAGCAGUGGACAUCAUCACGAGGAAAACCCUCUGAAUUUUGCAGCGUGUAUGAAGUAUGACUAAAUCUUGUAUGAGAAACUCAAAUAAGAUAUACGUACUUAUUAGU